AUGCUGGGUAUAAAACGGCUGGGAUUCUAUCAACUCGAAACGGAGUGGAAUUCCUACAAGAGCGAGUUUGGCAAGAUCUACGAUGAGUCAGAGGAAAGGUUGCGCAAGCUGAUCUUCGGGGAUAAUAAGAAAAUCAUCGAAGCACACAACGAACGCUGGGCCGCAGGAGAUGAGGGCUACGAGAUGGGUCUGAAUCAGUUCUCAGACAUGCUGCCAAACGAGGUCAGCGAGGCGAUUGGAACAGAUGCUGAAACGGGAUUUGAUGAAGAUGUGGAAGUGGACAUGGAGUCCUAUGAUUGGAGCGAUGAUGAAAACUUUGAGCUGUCACCCAAGGUAAACUGGACCCAGCUGGGUGCAGUUUCGCCCGUCGCGUUUCAGGGACACUUCAACACCUCCUGGGCCUUUGCUGCGGCUGGCGUGACGGAGAGUCGUCAGUUCAUUAAAUCCGGAAAACUGCAAGUGCUCUCCAAGCAAAACCUUGUCGAUUGCUGCAAGGCCGAAAGCAAUUGGCUUCCACGAGCUCUGGUGUGUAUUAAGAAGAUGGGCGGCAUUGACACGGAGGCUUCGUACCACUACCGUGGACUGACCGGCAAGUGCCAGUUCAAGAAGAAGUCUGUUGCUGCCCGAAUCAACAAGGUUUUCAAAAUAUAUUCCAGAAACGAAAAAGCUUUGGCAUACAGCGUGUCCCAGGGUCCGAUAGCUGCUGUGAUUCCAUUUACAGCGAUUGUCCACUACAAGAGCGGCGUCUACGACAAUCCCCACUGUGGACAGAGCGCCAAUUAUGCUGUGCUCAUCGUGGGCUACGGCCAUUGCAAGCAUUUCGGAGACUAUUGGAUCCUCAAGAGUUCUCUGAGUCCCCACUGGGGGGAGAAUGGCUACAUGAGGCUGGCACGCAACAAGAAAAAUCUGUGCGGCAUUUCCAACAAUGCCUUCUUUCCAGAAAUGAAGUAG